CACUAAGCCCUCUUUUUAAAUCUUCUGUCAGUUUUCGUUUAUUUAUAAGUCCUACGGAGUUUGUGCCGCUGUCACGUGACUUAAGGCUUUAGCAGCGACGUCACAGUCAGAGCGGCUCCAGAAAAGAUGAGGAUCUUUUUCUCAUCCCCCCGCAGCCCAUCAAACACCAACGCAUGACCUAGUUUUAACCUAAUAUUUAAACGAAGCCUGUAAUGCUAGGGUCGCAUUUGUUAAAAAGGAAUUUUUAAAAAUAUCGGCCGGACAGUGAAAUGCGUACUUCGUUCAGCGACAGAGCCGUAAAGCUGGUGGCAAAUGUCCCGUUUUGACAGUGAGGCAGCGCGGUGCUUAAACACAGGUACAGGAAACGUGUCACCCGUCGGAGGAAACAGCAGCUUCUUUGCGUUUUUACUUCAACCUUCGGGUGUGGUGUUUCCAUGGAGAGGCAAUCAGCUUCAGGCAAAGCAGCCUUGGAGGAGAGAAGAGGCCUGGUGGAGAAUGUUAAGGUGCUGAGGGGUGCAGAAGGUGGAGAGGCGACUGGUCCAACCCUGAGGAAGACCAGUUCCUCCCAAUCGUCACGCAAGAGCUUCCGUCUGGACUAUCGACUGGAGGAAGAAGUGACAAAGUCCUGUCGUGACAAACAUGGCCGCUGGAUGAACCCCUGGUCCACAUGGCGCUUCCCUUCUACCGCAGCGUUUCUCAAGUUCUUUUUUUUGGAUAAAGACCAUAGCAAUGUGCCAACAAGCAAAGAGGCGCUGGAUGCUGAACUCCCAGUGUUGGAACCCUACUUUGUCCAGAACCAAGGACUGCCUGACUCUGAUCCAGGUCUGAGAGUCACCUGGCUGGGUCAUGCCACAGUUCUGGUUGAAAUUAACGGACUGAAUAUUCUUACUGACCCCAUCUUCAGCCAGAGGGCAUCGCCUGUCCAGUUUGCUGGGCCCAAAAGGUACAGAGGGCCCCCCUGCAGAGUGGAACAGCUGCCCAGAAUUGAUGCCGUCGUCAUCAGUCACUCACACUACGAUCACUUGGAUGCUGGAUCUGUAGCCAGCCUCAAUGCACACUUUGGAGCAGAGCUACGCUGGUUUGUGCCCCUGGGUUUGAUGGACUGGCUGGUGAAAAUGGGCUGCGAGAACGUGAUGGAGCUGGACUGGUGGCAGGAGAACUGUGUCCCAGGUCACGAUGAAGUGACCUUUGUCUGCACACCUGCUCAGCACUGGAGCAAACGCACAGCUCUGGACGAUAACAAAUCUUUAUGGGGCAGCUGGACAAUUUUAGGACCUGAACAUCGAUUCUUCUUCGCUGGUGACACUGGCUACUGUGCUUCCUUUAAAGAAAUAGGCCAACGUUUCGGACCGUUUGAUCUUGCCGCGAUUCCAAUUGGAGCCUAUUGUCCAAGGGAAGUGAUGAAGGGCCAACACGUAGAUCCAGAGGAGGCCGUUCAGAUUCACCUGGACCUUCAGGCCAAAAAGUCUGUGGCCAUUCACUGGGGAACAUUUGCACUUGCACAUGAGUUCUACAUGGAGCCACCAGUUCUCCUCAGAGAGGCUCUGGAACAAAAAGGACUGGAUCCUCAUUCUUUCUUCACAUUGCAUCAUGGGGAAUGUCGCGUCAUAGCAUCAAAAGAAGGGGUUUUUGUAGAUAACCUUUAGUGGAGAAGGUACGAAAAUGAAAAUGUACAAUUCACGGAGUGGAAAAUUAUAAAAAAAAGGUUGAUUCUGUUAAGCUGUGUUUAAUCUGCGGAAAAGAGAGAAGUGAGAACACCAGUACUUCGAAAUCACUGAUGUUUCAGAUAAAAAAAUCUCUAACCUUAAAAAAGAAUUGUGAACACUGAAUGUAACUUAACAUACUUUUUUGCAUUGAUCUUAAAGGGGACAUUAUGCUUCUUUUAUGCAAUUUAAUAUAGUUCCAUAUUGUCUAAAUGAAACAUUGGGAACAUGCUACGGUCGGAAAAAACUAAAGUUUGAGCACAGCUGGAUUCUUUACACGCCUGUUUAGGAGCCCUGUUCUGAUGGCUCAGUUCUGUGAGUUUACCUUUGAAUGGUAAUGAGCUACAUCAUGCUCCGCCCACCUGUUCCACAGAACCUGAUGACAGCUUCUCAUUACAAUGGCAUAACCAAGAAGGAGGUCCAGAAGAAGGUUGAAAGCCAAGAAUGAACCUGGAUGUUUGGCAGUGGUUAGUAGUGAAGUUUGAUACUACAGUGUUACUUUGAUGUUUGUAUGUAGACUUACAUAAGUAUACAGUGUACAGUCUUGCUGGCUGUCUACCCUGUCUUCUUACAGAAAACAAAGCACUCGUAGUGCCUCAAGUGUUACCCAGUACCCUACUGGACUUACCCAGUGUGUAAUCACCUUGAUGUCAUAAAUUGUAAAAAGAAACCGCUGAUGCAUAAGAUGUCCCCUUUAAGAGAUAUCGCACAGCAAUUAAUUUGAAUGGGGGCCACAUUACAUGAACAUUUGUGACUGUACUGGUUGUACACCCUGAAUUUCAGUUGUUGUAUGUAGUACGAGUUGAGCUGGGUUCAACUGCAUACAGUAUACAUUUGUACUGUGUUUCACAUUCCAUGUGAUUUAAUUUUUUAACGCAUUUAAAAAUAUAUUGGAGAUAUAUAAACUGGUCAGUGAGGUUUUACUGUUGUUUGAUUUUGGACAAUAAAUGUUGCUGACUUUCUAGUUUAA